AUGGAAAAUAGUUUGAUUUCGUGGAAGCUGAUGUUGAGGGUUGAUGGUGUGUGGGUGACAGUCAAAUGUCAGGGACAGGAGGGCGGGUGGUCACGUGUGGAGGUGGUCACAUGUGCCUGGGUGGGUGGUCUGGUCACGUGCGGAGCUGGGUGGCCGAGCAGCUGUGCUGGGCAACUGCCCCCGACUACUGAGCGGUUGGUUGAGCGGUUGGUUGAGCGGUUGGUCGAGCAGCUGUGCUGGCAACUGCCCCCGACUACUGCCUCCGACUACCGUCUCCAGCCAUUGCCUCCUACUGCCUCCUCCAACUGCCUCCUCCAGCCGCCUCCUCCAACUACUGCCCCCGGCAAUACGCGAUCCGGCUGUACGCGCGAAGACCGUCGCACUGUGAGCACCCGUGCUUCUCUCUUUUGUGACUCUCUUUGUCGCUCGAUGCACGCUCAUGCGUGUCUAUGCGUGUAUAUGCGUGGAAGGCUGUGA